UUCUCAUAAAGGACUUAUCAAAAGACCAUGUUCGCUGGGAGAGUAAGGGUUUAAAGGAUGCAAAGAAAGUACUUGGGAACUGUGAUGAGUUGUCAAAGCUGAAAGUAACAGAGUUGAAGGUUGUCAUUCAGUUUGUUCGAAGUCAUCUUGGAGAAAACAUUUCUCUUUCUGGAUCGAAAGCAGAUCUAAUUAUGAGACUGAAAGCUGUGUUCCAGCUGGACGGUGAAUUCAACUUACCCAGCAGAAAGAAAAGUGUCAAACCUUUGAAGGUACUUGCAACAAGAAUUCUACAGGGACAGAAAUACCCUAAAGCUGCUCUGAAUAUUUCAUAUGCAGAAUGGAAAUUCCCACAAGUGUUGGAGAAAUGGCAAAGGAACACUAUGAUCAAACAUGCAAUGUUCAUUCCACAGACACAUUGAUUGGUUUUAUGUUCCUGAAUUCUCUGAUUCAAGAAGGCAAUUAGAGGUCAAGAUAAUUGACUCGCAACAUUUGCUCACUCGUCACCGUUCAGCCGUUUGCAAGGGGCACCUUGGACAUGCUAAGAAGCAGCAUUUCAUUCAAGUAGCAGCCGAAAAUUCAACCCCUUUAAAACUUGGAAUGAUGGAACAGCAACUGAACAUGCAGUCAACUGACUUCGCCCUUAUUACCUUCUCACAGAAUGUUCAGAACAGCAUGGAGACAGCAGGCCACAAUCAGUCAGCAGAAUUAUGCAAACUGGUACAUGACUGGUUUGCUGCCAAUGAUGAGCCCGGAAUUUCAGCAGUCGAGCGAUGUCAAAUGAAAUUGAGGUAUCGGGACUACCUGCUGUCACUGGACGACCUGUCAUGUUUCCCUCCCCCUGGUUCACACAUAAACGGGUACUCCUUGGCUCUGUGGGAGGCUACCAUAUCUUCAAUAGAUGCAGAUCUACAGAUGUAUGCCAUAACCCGGCGACGGACAUACAACAACAGAUCCUUGAGCAGUCAACCUUGUGAGAGUCUUUACUCCAGCUUAGCUACAAUGCCCGGAGCGAGGAACGGAGUACCAAGUGCAGUUGAUUUGGAAGUGAACAUGGCCAAAAUUUGCGGGGAGUGUGUAGUUCGACAAGAUCCAACAAGGGGAUUUUCAACUCGCUUGUCAAGUGCACCAGUAUAUCCCCAGAUGCUUUUAGAGAAAGGAGUAGGGCCAUUAUUGGAACCAAAAGCUGUGCCAACAUUCAUCAGGGAAAUAACUAUUCAGGAUCAUCUCUUCGAUGCACCACAACGAAGGCGUCUCUGCAGGAAGGAACCUAGGGGCAUUUCUGCCAUACAUGAAUCUGGGAAAGGAGGCCAUGGAGUGAGACACUUUCACAAGACUGACGAGUCGAAAAUAAAUCCGCUCAUCAGAGCAGGAUUAUCAGUUGACUCAAAGUAGGCUUUUGUUUAACAAUUCAAAUACAUUGUCACAACUCGAAGCGUUAACCAUUGCCGUGACACCUGGAUGAAGUGUUUAUCUCUAGAUAUUGAUGUGAAAGAAAAGAGACAAUAUGUCAAACAGUCUUGUUUUAUUAAUGUAUCUUCACAAACAUAGCUGGAAAUAUGAAAUACACUUCGCAACUGUCCUUAAACAUUUUCAGAAUAAUUUGUUAUGUGCCCAAAUGCACGUGUUUGUAUUUUGUUUUACACAUGUUGUUUGCCUCAUGGCAGAUAUUAAAUGAAUAUGUAACUUUAUU